CUAAUAAGAGAUCCCAAGGCAAGAAGACAAGACCACACUCACAACGCGAUUUGUUUCGGUUCUGGUUUGAGAAAGCCAAUUCUAGUUUGGCUGAUUUUGGUUUACUGUAUUAGGGGUUCCACUUCAAAUUCUUCCCCGAAUUUGGUUAUUCAUAUCUCAGUUCACCUGAUUUGGGUACAGUGCAGCUGAUUUGUAUUCACAAAUUCGGGGUUUCUGAAGAUCAAACUCUCCGUCUAAACUUCAAAUAUAGAAAUGGCAUUGAGAACAUGUUCUAAAAACUUGGGAAGUAAGCUCUCGUGCAUGCUAACUCGAACUUCGCUUCUCCAUUCUCAUGCUACCAGCUUUGGAUUUAAGCAAGUACCAGAAGACGAAAAAAGCAAAUUGGUUGGUAAUGUAUUCAGUAGUGUUGCUUCAAGCUACGAUCUCAUGAACGAUUUGAUGAGUGGUGGAUUACAUAGAUUGUGGAAAGACAGGUUGGUUUCCAAGCUUCAUCCAAUUCCUGGAAUGAAGUAUCUUGAUGUCGCUGGUGGGACAGGGGAUGUUGCUUUCAGGAUUUUUGACUCCAUUAAUAGUGUCAGUCGUAGAACCACACAAGGUGCCCUCGAGGGUAACCUAGAUGACGAAACUCAGAUUAAUGUAUGCGACAUCAACCCGAAUAUGCUAAGUGUUGGUAAAAAGCGUGCUGCCGAGAGAGGCCUUGGAGACAAUCGUUCCCUUGUGUGGGUAGAGGGUGAUGCAGAAGCCUUGAAAUUUGGAGAUAGUACGAUGGAUGGUUAUACAAUUGCCUUUGGAAUUAGAAAUGUUACACACAUAGAGAAAGCCCUUUCUGAAGCUUACAGGGUACUGAAACCAGGAGGUAGAUUUCUAUGUCUUGAGUUGAGUCACGUGGACGUCCCCAUCUUUAAAAACUUGUACGACUAUUACUCAUUCUCAGUCAUUCCGGCCGUAGGAGAGUUAGUUGCUGGUGACCGAGAAUCUUACCAGUACUUAAUUGAGAGUAUCCGCAAGUUUCCUCGCCAGGAAAUGUUUGCAAGAAUGAUCGCAGAUGCUGGCUUUCAAAAGGUUGAAUAUGAAAAUCUUGUUGGGGGAGUUGUUGCCAUCCAUUCCGGUUUUAAGUUUUAGGUAGAAAUAGUGCUUGGAAAUACAAGCAUUUAUAUAAAAGUGAAUUGCAAAUAAAAAGUGCAGGUAGGUGGUCUGGAUGUUUGAUUAGGCAGAAGAAAUUCAAAUCAAACGUAAUGUCAUUAACUUCUCUGUAAUAUGAUGACAAUUUCCAUAUGUUUUCUAGGAAGUGUUAAAAGUUACAUUUUGCUCAUAAUGCAGUUCAGAUUCUAGUAAAAAAAAUGCAAAAUGUACUGACAGAAUCUGGGACGUUAAAGCAUUUUUACUGCAUUUUUUGUUGUUUUCCUGUGAAUAAAAUAUUUGUUUCAAGAUUC